UAUAGCAAAAAACUAAUCUUAAUUCGUGCUUUCCAAUGUCCACCAUCUUCGCCUCAUUUCUCCGAUGAACUAUUCUCUCUAAUAUAAAAACCCUUUUCUUUUUAGAUGACAUCAAACACUUUCUCAAUCUCGAAUUCAUCAUCUCUUUGAUUUCACGGGAAGAGAGAAGAACAUGAUGCCGGGCGGUCAUCUUCUGAUGAACCCAAAAGGGGACCUCGAACUGAACCCGCCUCAGACGCCAGCAGCCCACUUGGCGAGCCAUCGGCUCCGGAAGAAGGGCAUCGGGAUCAAGACCUGGCUCGUGGUCAACUCGACGGGCCAGGCCCAGCUCGUCGACGCGGGGAAGCACCUGAUCAAGCGGCGGACAGGGCUCUCAGCGCGGGACCUGAGGAUCCUGGAUCCAUCGCUGUCCUACCCGUCGACCGUGAUUGGGCGGGAGAGGGCGGUGGUGAUCAAGCUGGAGCACAUAAAGGGAGUGAUCACGGCCAAGGACGUGUGGCUGCUCAACUCCAAGGAUCCUGCGGUGGCUCCUUUUGUGGAGGAACUCAAGCGCCGGUGCUCGCAUCAUCAUCAGGCCAACGCCUUGAAGGUCAACAGAAGCAGUGGUGGUGAAGAGCAAUCUGAGGAAGCUUUACAUCAGAUUUUUGAAGCUACACAUCAGGAGGGGUUGUACUCUCGAGAUGUUAACCAACAGCUUGACAGAUCCGAGACUCUUCCUUUCGAGUUUGUCGCCUUUGAGGCAUGCCUUGAAGCUGCGUGCACUAGUUUAGACGAUGAGGCAAAGGCAUUGGAGCAAGAGGCGAAUCCUGCGCUGGACAAGCUACUUUCGAAGAUUACCACCCGUCAUCUCGAGCGGGUCCGGCAGAUUAAAGCUCGGUUGGUCGCGUUGACGGGACGAGUUCAAAAGAUAAGGAACGAGAUCGAGCAACUUCUUGAGGAUGAUGGAGACAUGGCAGAGAUGUACUUGACCAGCAAACUACUCCAAGAUGAAAAAGAAAAGCCCUCGUCUUCUUCUUCCUCGAUCUCAGGAGAGGAUGAUGAGUUUCAUGAGCCAGACAAAGAAGAAAGGAAUCGCAAAGGAGACGAUGAAAUCACGCCGGAUGAGAGUUCUAGCUCUCCGCGCAGCUCGCUGGACGAUGAUGAAAAGGAAGGCAGGGUCAAAGACAGUAACUCUCAUGGUAGCUUUAGUGGCUCAAGACGCUCAAGCAAGCACCUCGAUGUGGCCGAAUUGGAAAUGCUCCUAGAGGCCUACUUUGUGCAGCUCGACGGCACGCUUAACGAGCUAUCCGCGCUAAGCGAAUACAUUCAAGACACGGAGGACUAUGUGAACAUAAUGUUGGAUGACAAGCAAAACAAUCUGCUGCAAAUGGGAGUGGUGAUAUCGACGGCAACCAUAUUCAUCACCAUGUUCAUUGUCGUGACCGGAAUAUUCGGCAUGAACGUCAAAAUUUGGCUCUUCCUCAAUCCAAAUCCGAAGAUCAACAAUUUCAUCUGGACAGUAAGUGGAUGCACCUUCGGGACGAUCGUCUUGUACGCUAUUGCAAUAACAUUGUUCAAGUAUAAACGGCUAAUAUAGCUAGCAGACAAGAUCAACAUCGCUCGGAGAAUGUUCUGUGUGGAAACACAGAAAAGUUUAUGCUUUUACAAUAUGUGUCUAUAUCUGUAGUUUGCCAAAACUUGUUUAAGUCAUGUAUCGAUAUUUAUUUGAUCGAUUUUGAAUUACAACUUUUUCUAAUAAUA